CACAUCGAUGGCUCUCCGCCGCUGACGUCACGGGCCACAGCCGCGUCUAACGGUUGUGCUUGGCGGAUCUCCGGCGGAACUCUUGUAUAAAAACGUUGGGUCGACUGGAGAGUGGCAUCAUUCGCUAGCCGGGAACAGUUCGACGCACAGGUGUCGUCUUUGGUUCCACCUUUUCAACUCAAUUCAAAACCAAGAUCAUCAACGCCGAAAUGAAGGUCUUCAUCUGCCUGUUGGCCACCAUCUGCGCCUGCAAUGCCACCUUUCUGUCCUUUUUGGGAGGCGGCGGUGGUGGAGGAGGAGCUGGAGGAGGCGGGAGCAAGAUCACCUAUAAUGUGAUAGCCACGCCCAGUUCGGGAGGAGGCCAUGGAGGAGGAGGAGGAGGUCAUGGAGGUCAUGACGGUGGUCAUGGCUAUGGAUAUGCCCAGGGACAUGGCUAUGCCCAGGGCGGCGGCGGUGGACAUGGCCAUGGACACGGUGGCUCCUCGCAGAUCAUCAAGGUCAUUCUGCAGGAGGGUCAGGGCUACAGCAACGCUGGAGGAUCAGCCGGAGGCAUUGUGUCCUCGGGUCAUAGUCAUGGUCAUGGUCAUGGUCAUGGUCAUGGCUAUGCCAGUGGUCACUCGUAUGGCCAGGAGCAUGGCUCUCAUGGCGGCCAGCAGGCCCAGAUCUUCAAGAUCAUCGAACAGGCCCCGGCUCCAGCUCCUGCUAUCGUUCCCAUUCCCAUUUCGAUUCCUGCCCCUGCUCCUUCUACCACUGCCUAUCAUGCCUCCUCGGGCGGCUCCAGUGGCUACUCCUACGCCCAUGGACACUCUUAUGGCCAAUCGUAUGCCUCGGGACAUGGCUAUGGUGGAGCCGCAUCCUUCGAUGCCCAGCAGUUCAACGCCAUUCUGCCGCAGAUCCUGCAGCUAGUGCUGCAAGAGGACUCCUUUGGCGGCGGUGGCUUCGGCGGUGGUGGUUCCUCCGAUGUGGCUGCCAUCAACAGCCAGCUGAUCAACACCUACGGCUCCAAGGGCAAGGCCAUCAUCCUGAAGGCUGACCAGGCACAGGGUGAUUACUUCAAGAGCGGCCAUGUGGUGCAGCGCGGCACCCUGAAGGUGAUGCGUGUCCAGGAGCAGCAGUCCCAGGGUGGUGCUGGUGGUGCCAAGUUAGGCUGGAGUUCGGGAGGAGGCGGUGGUGCCCCAUCCGGUGGCUGGAGUUCCGGCAGUGGAGGCUCUUCUGCCGGCGGCUGGAGUAGCGGUGGUCCACCCUCCGCCUGGUAGAUGCACUGCAUCCACUGCCCGCCUAGUUAGUUAGACCAAAUGAAUUUUUUUUUUCGCUAUCCUCUAUUCUAUUGUUAUGUAUUUUUUUUCCUAGGCUUAUUCUUCACA